AUGAAUAAUUUAGUUAUUAUAUUAGUGUUGAUAUUACCGAUUAGUCCAUUGCAUACAUCCAUUGUUAAGAGAGAUUAUAAUGACAAUCGUGUAGAAGAUGGACACAAAAAAUUGUAUCCAAUUAUUUUGGUUCCGGGUGACGGCGGUUCUCAAAUUGACGCUAAGCUCAAUAAAGCCGAAGUUCCCCAUUAUUUUUGUGAUAAGAAAACUGAUGACUACUUUAAUCUAUGGCUAAAUCUGGCACUUUUGGUACCAUUUGUUAUCGAUUGUUGGAUUGAUAACAUGAAACUAGUUUACGAUAACACCAGUAGAACCACAUCUAAUACAUUUGGUGUCGAGACACAGGUUCCCGGGUUAGGCAAUACAUCAACUGUUGAAUAUGUAGAUCCCAGUCGAGUACCUGUAUCAGGAUAUUUCAAUAAUCUAGUUAAACAAUUAGUCGAUUUUGGUUAUGAGAGAGGAGUAUCCAUUAGAGGAGCACCAUAUGAUUUUCGUAAAGCACCUAAUGAAUUAGCAGAUUAUUUAAUUCAAGUUAAAGAUCUAAUAGAAGAUACUUAUGAAAUAAAUAAUCAAACAAAGAAUAUUCUGUUAUGUCAUUCAAUGGGUUGUCCAACACUUCUAUAUUUUCUCAAUAGACAGACCCAGGGUUGGAAAGACAAAUAUAUUCAAUCAUUUAUAACAUUAGCCGCUCCCUGGGCUGGAGCUGUCAAAUCUAUGAAAGCAUUUGCUUCGGGAGAUAAUUUUGGUGUUAUAGUUGUGCCAUCGAUUACUAUACGAGAGGACGAGCGAACGUUUCCAAGUUUGGCAUAUUUGUUGCCGAGUGAUAAAGUUUGGGGAAAUAAUGAAGUGCUUAUGGAGUCUACUCUAAGAAAUUAUACGGUUAUGAAUUAUAGAGAGUUUUUUGAAGAUUUAAAUUACAUGACCGGCUAUAAUAUGUGGCUCGACGUCAAAAAUUUGACAUAUGAUAUGACACCUCCAGGUGUUGAAGUGCAUUGCAUUCAUGGUUAUGGUUUGGACACAAUGCAUAAGUUAGUCUACAAUAAGGGUAAGUUUCCCGAUUCACAGCCACAUAUUGUUUACGGUGACGGCGACGGAACCGUUAACUUGAAGAGUCUUGAGGCGUGUAAGGAUUGGCAGAAUAAACAAAAACAAAAAGUCGUUUACAAAGCAUACUCUAAAUCCGAUCACAUUAUUGUUAUGAGUGAUCCACGAGUUAUCAGUUAUAUUAAAGAGUUAGCUAUUGUUAACUAA